UAUGGCGGGAACGGGAAUGGGAAGAGGAAGCGAUUCGCAGAAACAACUGUUGGGCCUUAUCCGUAAUUUCGCUGCUGAGAAAUCUCAAGGAGAACGAAGAGUGGUGAAUCUGAGAAAGCAAAUCGAGAAGCUUAAAUCUGAGCUGAGCGAGGCCAAUGCGGAGCUUGAAAAUGCGAAGCGCUGCAAAGAACUCGUCGAACAGGAUCUUAAAGGCUUCGAAGUUCAAUUGAUGUUGACUGAAUCUUCCGCUCAAACGCUAGAGGCGAGAGUAUCUCUAAUUCAAGACCACAUCUCUGCCGUCGGAUCCGAUUUGGAAACUCUCAAGAGUGAAGAAGCAGAUUUGCGUGAGCAAUUCUUCCACAACAUGCUUCAUAUGAAUGGCAAGAUAAGGAAAUUUCAAGAGAGCAUUAUUACUUGCGACAUUGAUUCAACAGCUUCCACAGGUUCUGUUAUUCUUUUGACUGUUAUAGUCUUUUCUUUAUAUGUAAAAAAAUAAAAGAAAGAAAAAGAAAAAACGAGGACAUGAGAAGUGCAGAACUUGAGGAUUCUUGUGU